AUGAAAUAAUUUUUUAGAUAUAGAUUUUCCACAGUUUUGGGAGUAGUAGGUGCUGGAUAAAUGGGAACAGGUAUUGCCAUAGUUGGAAGUGCAGUAGCUGGAUUAAAUGUAAGAGUAGUAGAUGUUAAUGAAUAAAGGUAAUUAAUAAUUGUAGAUAUAUAUUUUAGAUUGAAGGCAAGUCAUACUUUUAUAUCAAAAUGGUGUGAUAAAGAAAUUUAAAAGAAUAGAAUGACUGAUCAAAUUAAAACAGAUGUAUUAUAAAGAUUCAGUUUUCAUCUCUAAAUAUCUGAUUUAUCAUGUUGUGAUUUCGUUGUUGAAGCAGCCCCUGAGAAAUAUGAAAUGAAAGCAGAGAUUUUUAAAUAAUUAGUCAAAGCUACUAAACCAGAAACUAUAUUGGCUAGCAAUACAUCAUCAAUUUCUAUAACUAAAUUAGCUGGAAUUACAGAUAAACCUGAUCGUAUAAUUGGAAUGCAUUUCAUGAAUCCAGUUCCAGUAAUGAAAUUAAUUGAAGUAAUUUAAGGACUUUAAACAUCUCAAUAAACAUUAGACAAAACUUUAGAGUAUUAUUCUAUAAUUAUUGAUUUUAUAGAUUGGCAUCAAAAAUGAAGAAGGAAAUUGUUAUUGCUUAAGAUAUUCCAGGAUUCAUUGCAAAUAGAAUAUUAAUGCCAUAUAUAAAUGAAGCUAUCUAUACAUUAUAUGAAGGAAUUGGAACUGUUGAAGGAAUAGACAAAGCAAUGAAAUUAGGUACAAACGUUCCUAUGGGUAUAAUUACAUAUAAAAUUUAGGUCCGUUAACUUUGGCAGACUUCAUAGGAUUGGAUACUUGUUUAGAGAUAAUGAAAGUGUUACAUUAAGAUCUUGGAGAUACAAAAUAUAGACCAUGUCCUUUAUUGGUUAAUUAUGUAAAUGCUGGUUGGUUAGGCAAAAAAUCUGGAAGAGGAUUUUAUAAAUAUUGAGUU